AUGUCGACUCCGACCGAAAAGGCUGCUGCAAUGGGUGCAGCCAAGCUGAAGAGACGUGUGGAGGCCACCGCUACUCCAGAAGUGUUGGCUUCCCAGUCUGCUCCAAGUCGACCCUCCCGACAAUCCAAGGUCACAGCACUGAAAAAUCAAGUUUGGAUGCCAGACAAGAAGACACGAAAGCGGGCCGCAUCGAGCACGGCUGAGCCUGAACAUGCCAAGCAGGCACGAACCUCGGGCCCAAAAAAUACUGACCCUGUGAACAGAAAACGGAAGAGCAGUGUUCCACAGCCAGCGGCGCAACUUUUCGAGUCUGACUCAGACGACUUCAAGGUUGAUGGAAGCGAUGGCGCCGAAUCUGAUUCUGGAGCCGAGUCAGACGACAAACUCGACGAAUCAGAUGAUGACAGUAUUCUGGGACUCAUUGGUGACAAGCUAAAGGCUACCCUAGACUAUGAGCGUCCUCAAAUUACUACACAUAACGACGACAGCCGCAGUGCGGCUUCAUCAUUCAGCUCAAUCCCCCCUAGUACAUCACCGGACUCUGACAAUGACGACCCCGUUCGUACCAUGGACUCUGCUGUGGAGGAUAUAGGGCCCGGGAACAGUCAGCUUACUAACAUGAAGAAAUCCGGCCCUCGCUAUCGCUCUUCCAAGCUGAAAGAGACCAGUAAGGCCAAUCAGAAAGGGGCGCUGUCAAAAGGAAGUAAAUACCUGAAGCAAAGAGAACAAGAGAAACCAACUUGGUGCACGCCAGACAAGGUUGAUGACACCACCAGUGGGCCACCUGCAGAUGACGAAGCAGUGUCAGCGCGGUCUAUUCGUUCACGCGAAGAUGACUGGUUGCCUUGUCGCAUCGUAUAUAGCAGUUCCGGUAAGGUCAAUUUAACCGAGCAGCAACCUCACAUCCAGGACUUGCUGCGGGCCUUGAUUACCUGCCUUCACGAGUACAUCCUCUUCGAAAAUGCGUACUUGGACCUCCAGCAAAGGAGGAAAAUUAUGGCCGACAUACUCUUGUCAUGUGCGAAAGAUGGAGAGGAAUUCGUAGAUGUGAGAAAACGGCUUACGAAGGAUGCGAAGUAUGUACGUGCGUUAUCUUCCGUGCCUGAAGGUCGUAUUGGCACCAUUCGCGGGAACAUCAGGAAGGUUGCACAAGCACAUGUGGCAAGCCACUAUGGUCUCACGAAAGGUGCUGAUGACAGGGUCGCGGACCUUCUCAAGAACAAUGCAUACAUUUAUCCGGUGAACGCGAAGGGGGACCUUAUCCGAACCAAACCAUUUCAAGCGCCGGCGAUUUUGGACACCAUCGAGGAUGCAUUCUUCAGCGACGAGCUCGCAGCGGGAGUAAAGUGGCAUGACCAUCUGACAUCAACAAUUGAUGAUCAUCCUGACGAGGUUGAGCUGCCUGUCGCGAUGGUGGCACUUGCUAGCGCUGCGGUGUGCUCCGUCAUUAUCAUCGGGAAAAAGCUCCUUCACAAAAACAAGGUAAUUUCAGAAUUUUUUGGAGAAUUCCUCGUAAUUUCAGUGAAAUCCAGUGAAAUCGAGUACGACCAGAUUUCUCAAGCUCGGUCGUAG